CACCAUGCGGGACCAGUCCCGGGGAAUUCCGGAUGAAUUUUUGGGGUUAUUUUUGGGAUCCCUGAUGAAUUUUUGGGAUAUUUUCGGGUUUUUUGGGCUCGCAGUCCUGGCCACCAUGCGGGACCAGUCCCGGGGAAUUCCGGAUGAAUUUUUGGGGUUAUUUUUGGGAUCCCUGAUGAAUUUUUGGGAUAUUUUGGGGUUUUUUGGUGUCGCAGUCCCGGCCACCAUGCGGGACCUGUCCCGGGGAAUUCCGGAUGAAUUUUUGGGGUUAUUUUUGGGAUCCCUGAUGAAUUUUUGGGAUAUUUUCGGGUUUUUUGGGGUCGCAGUCCUGGCCACCAUGCGGGACCUGUCGCGCCGGGGGCCGCUGGAGGCCGCGGCCGGGGCCACCCUCGGGGACACGCUGCGCGUGCUGCAGCUCGAUGUCACCAGCGACAGCUCCGUGGCCGAGUGCCUGGCGGGGGUCCCGGGGGGGCGCGUGGACGUCGUGGUGAAUAACGCCGGGGUGGGGCUGGUGGGGCCCCUGGAAAGCGCCUCGGGGCCGCAGGUGCAGCGGGUGUUCGACACCAACGUUUUCGGGGUGCUGCGCCUGGCGCGGGCUCUGCUCCCCCAAAUGAAGCAGCGCCGCAGCGGCCACAUCGUGGUGGUCAGCAGCGUCAUGGGGCUGCAGGGGGUUGUUUUCAACGACAUCUACUCGGCCUCCAAGUUCGCGGUGGAGGGGCUGUGCGAGAGCCUGGCGGUGCAGCUGCUGCAGUUCAACGUCUUCGUGUCUCUGGUGGAGCCGGGCCCGGUGAACACGGAAUUCGAGGCCAAAGUUCUGCAGGAAGUGGAAAAAUCGGAAUUUCCCGAGACAGACCCCGAAACUCUUCGCUAUUUCCGCGAGGUUUACCUGCCCGCCAGCAAGGACGUGUUCCGCACCUUCGGCCAGAGCGCCCAGCAGGUGGCGCAGGCCAUCGUGGAUGUGAUCGGCGCCCCCCGCCCCCCGUUCCGGACCCCCACCAACCCCCUGUACUCGCCGCUGCUCGCCCUGCGCUACGCCGACCCCCGCGGCGAUUUGGGGGUUCGCACCUUCCACCGCCUCCUCUUCAACCUGGGCCCCGCCUUCCACCUCAGCCUGGCGCUGCUCAGGUGUCUCACCUGCCGCUGCUGCAGCCGCAGGGUCACCCCCGUCUGAGGGAACCCCCAAAAUUU